GUUGUUUUUUUAUAUAACUGACCUAUAUUUUUCAGAUUUUAUAGAACUGAUCUAUAUAUUUUCCAGAUGGUUUACAAUGCUUUAAUUGCUCUAGAAGCUUCGACAUGAGCAUGUGUACAGAGGUGACACAAUGCCAAUUUGGACAGUCUUGUUUCAAACGCACAGAGGACAUUGGUGGCUCUGUCCUGAUUUCAAUGGGAUGUACAGAUAAUCAGAACUGCAGAUCAAAUCAAAAUGGCGGAUCAAUGGUGUUGGGAUAUAAACGGGAGACGAUGCAAGGGUGUAACGAAUGCUGCAGCUCGAACAAUUGCAAUAAAUAUCUAUGCGGAAAGGCAUCGUUAACUGGGGCAUGUUUAGAUGAUAUAAAAGUCGACUGCUCCUUCAUGAAUACGGUCAGCAACAUAUGUCAGAAUACAGACCUUGCCAGACGGGUGUGCCGGAACUUCUGUGGUCUUUGUAAUACCGAAUGGUCAAAUUGGUCGAACUGUGACGUCACGUGUGGUACAGGAACGCAAAGUCGAACACGUGGUUGUACUAGUCCAGACAGUUGUACCGGAAGUCACGUAGAAACGAGAACAUGCAGUAAACAAUGUACAGGCCAUUGGACACCCUGGAUGUCAUGGUCUUCCUGUGACGUCACAUGCGGAACCGGAACACAAAUUCGAAACAGGAUAUGUCUUACCCCACCAUCAAAGCGUGAACUAACUUGUCCGGGGAACAAAACGGAAACAAAACGAUGCCAGGAAAAGAAUUGCCGAGCACCGCUAAAGUGUGACGAUUGUAUUGUUGGAUUCAAUGUAAAUCGUUGUGACACUCAAACAACUUGUAACGACGAUGAGGUUUGUUUCGUUGACUAUAAAAGCGAUGGAAUGGGAAGUACGUACACUUUAGGCUGUACAUUGGAAAAGUACUGUAUACAAGGAGGGUAACUUCCCGCAAGUAACAGGAUUAGGUAGAUAUCAUAGAUGGUCUUGCUGUUCUUCGUACGACGGAUGCAAUCAUCAUAACUUAUACGAAUGAUUCACAACUGCAGUUCACAUGUAUAUCAAAAAUACAUGUACCUAUUAAAUUUACAUGCAAAGUUAC